UGAUUUCUGUUGCCUUCCACAUAGACAUAUCAACAUGUUUAACUGUUAUAUAGUCUCGGUCUGAGCAUUAACAACUGUUCUAAAAACACUUUAUACACUACCUUCUAAUUUGUUUCAUAGCAUUGACCUUUGCUCAUGGUUUACAAUGUAAUUCAUCAUAGCACACUUAAUUACUUAAGGGAAACAAUUUACAAUUUCAAGUUUUAUAUUUAUUUUAAGCCUGGUGUACUUACGCAAGAUAGUUUAGUUGGUACUUCUUAGAAAAAGGUGUUAUCUGCACUGAGGGAAACUAUCUUGAUUUGCAUUUGUAAAGCACAGAGCAUUGUCAUUUGCAUGUGAAAGCCUCCCUAAGGCCUAGGAGCAAGGGGGUCACCUCCCAACAUUCAUAGACCUGUAAAACUGCCAGAAACUGGUAAACCCGCGUCAAUUCCUGACAGUUUUCUGGGCUGCCUGCAGAUUCCUGUGAACAGCCGUUAACCGAAAAUUCCCCCAAAAUUUCUUGCGGCACUUGGUGACAAAAACUCUUCUUUUCAUGCAGUGGAAGGGACUUUAGUUUCUCCUCUGUUAGGCUUGGUAAUACUACCAACACAGCUUGUCUGACAUGUCAGCAUAUAUCUGGGCAACAUGGUCUCACGAAACGGUUCGUAAGAUAUCGUACUAAAGACGCAAUGUACAAAUAUCCGUACAGAUAUGACGAAAUGCUCCAAACGACCAGUGCGCCUGCGCAGACCUCUGCCGUGCUCUCGCUCUGCGGUGCUCUGAUAAAGCAACAUGGCGGAGAUUGCUGUAUUAUUUUUUGGAAAACGCUAUGUAUAAGCAAUGUUUCUUAAUAAAAAUGUGUUUUGAAGAUAUUUAUGGCGAGAUAUGUGUUUCAGUUUCAAUAUUUUCAUUCAGUGACCUUCCACGGUGUUUGGUUUGUUAGUUAUUCCGAGGAGUUUCUGUCGUAUCUAAGAGGGUUGCUAUGGACGCUUUUGUCGCUCCUUGCCGUCAAACCGGAACACUUUGUAAAUUGCCCCCGUUACGUUACUAUCUUUUCAUAUAGUGCAAGGCAUCGGUAGAAGAAGGACACACAAGAUGUGUAUUUAAUCAGGACAAAAUGCCUUUUUAUUUUCCUCGCCCCGUAAAUUCCUCGCUCUACAGCACAUAACCACGUCCGUAACAAGAGCCGUGCUACGGACGUUGCGUCAUUCUCCUUCGCCCCUAGUGACGAUAGUUUCUAUUUUUAUAUUUCUAUUUCUGUGCCAUGUUUGAUUGGCAAACAAAUUUGAUGGCCCAGCCCAUACUUUUCCUUAUAUACACCAUUUUCUCUUCCUGAAAAAGAGAAUGCACUAAAAGAACUUGAGAGUCUUCUCAGUGUUUCACACGAUGACACCGAUGUCGUUAUUGAUGCCAGCACACCAACAACAGCCAGCGACUGGAAGACUCGAAACAUCUUCUCGUCAGAGAGAUGGAAGGAAGCCAGACAACAGCUUGUGGACAAUAUGCUCAGAGCAAACUGCAUCAAACCACAGCUCUGUCAGAGAUGCUUAAAGAAGGACGCCACAAUCAGAUGUGCUGAAUGCAUGCCCAUGCAAUAUUACUGCUGGGAUUGUGACAUUAGCCAUCAUCAGUCCCAAGCACUUCACAAUCGGGCAUCCAGGAUUCAUGGCUUCCACAAGCCACUGCCGCCAACAGUUGUGGUGAAAGAUGAUGCUGACGGGCACUAUUCUCAUCACAUAUGUGUAAGAAUAUUGCCAAUGGAAAUGCCAGACCAUAUAUGCGAAUGCCCUCCAGAGAGUCUAAAUGUUGUUCCAGGGAGGCCUAUAGUCUUCAUAAACAUGAAAGGGCGAUAUGAUCUGAACCUCCCAGAGCUGCGGUGUGGAAGCUGCUGUGCUAGCUGGAAACCAGAGCUCAAAGAUGUCCAAGUUAGCGGCUACUGGCCGGCCACAAAAAAACUUUACACACUUUAUGAUGUAGCCAUAUUUCAAGGGUUCAAGGAAAUGAAGCUGGUUCCUCCAGGGAAUUCUCGCUUGAGCUUUAUGAGAAUGCUCGAUGCACAAACAACAGAGUGUGGCAGGACUGGUAAAGUGUGUUCUGACACAUUCUACAAGAGCUUCAUGGAGUGGGUGAUAAGCUCUUACGAGGUGAACAAAUUGUGUUCGGAGCAGCCGUUCAUCUGCCCAGCCUGUUGUCCACAAAUGCUUCCUGUGUCCGUCGAUGGAAACAGGAAGCACUACCGCUUCAAAAAGGAUGGGUGUACUGAUGAAGCAGGUUACUUUGAGGGUGUGCUUCUCUGCAAAGAUGAUGAGGUGGCAGCCUUUGUGGAAGACAUCCAAAGGAGGACCAAGCAUGUGCCAGGAAAGGGGGUUUGUGGCAGGUCUCAGCUGAAUGCAGCCAAAGAGACGAGUAAGAGGAGUAGCUCCAGCCUUGAUGAGCAGGGUAUAGAAGUAGCUGUGUGCCGUAAUGGGAUUAUUCUUCGGGCUCUGAAUAUGUUCAGGGGUGAGAUCUUCGCUUAUCCCAUGAUCCUGCAGAAGGAAGUCUCUGCCAUCAGUCCUCCAACCUUCUUUUGCAUGGACGUUAUUUGCAAAUAUUGGCCUUACAUCAGCAGAAUUUGUGAAGCCUACCCUGAAUAUCAUCACCUCACUACCAUGAAACCCUUUCUGUCUGUGCUCCAUGCUAAAGCACACGGUAUCAAGUGUGAGACACAAAGGGAUCUUCAGAGGGAGAGGCAGAGCCUAGAGGCUAUCAAGUAG